AUGGAGCGCUCAAGCCAAACGUCAGGAGACGUGUACUUCCAUGCUAUCGACGGCGUGGAAGAGAUGGGGAGGUACUGUAUUGGGGGUUACCACCCAGUCAGCAUCGGCGACAGACUUAACGCCCGAUAUCGCGUGGUGCAUAAACUUGGCCAUGGCAGCUAUUCCACUGUCUGGCUGGCCCGCGACGAGCAACUCCAGCGGCUUGUUGCUGUCAAGGUAUGCACUGCCGACGCCAGCGGACAGGAGUCGAAAAUCCUGUCGAUCCUGAAGAGUUCCUCGAAUGUAGGCCACGACGACAGCGUUAUGAGUGGGCGAGACAUGAUCCCUUCCGUCCUUGACACCUUUUGCGUACAUGGUCCGCAUGGCACACAUACCUGCCUGGUCACUGAGUGUGUAAGAUGCACUUUGGAUGACGCGAGAAGGAGAUCUUGGGGCUUGCCGCUAGAUUUGAGUGUUGCCCGCGCGAUUGCUGCACAGUUUGUGCUUGCUGUGGCUUACAUGCAUCGUAAUGGGUACGUCCAUGGAGACCUUCAUGUCGGGAACAUCCAUCUGAGGCACCUAGAAAAUUUGGAUCAUCUCUCGGAUGAGGAGUUAUAUGAAGAGUUUUGGGAACCAGAAUAUGCACCGGUCAAAACAUUCCACGACAAGCGGAUCCCCCCGACCGUCCCUAUCGCCGCCAUUCUUCCCUUGAGGUUCCCAGUUCGGACAGAUCAGCUGUCACUCUCAGAAGCCCGCAUUCUCCUGGCGGAUUUCGGCGAGUCAUAUCGCCCAUCAGAAGAGCAGCGGCUCGCCUGUCGCACCCCAGUGCAUUGCCGACCGCCGGAGGACCGCUUCGAGCCAUCGGAGCCGCGCUCAUUCCCAAGCGAUAUCUGGACCCUCGCAUGUUCAAUCUGGGGAAUCAUCGGGCAGCAGUCGUUAUUCGAGUCAUUCAUGCCGUGCGAAGAUAAAACAGCGUCGAUACAAGUCGAGCUCCUUGGAAAGCUCCCACCCGAGUGGUGGGCGCGGUGGGAGACCCGCUCAGAAUACUUCACCGAGGACGGCGAGAUACUAGAUGACGACCGACACUUAUGGACCUGGGAAUUCCAAUUCGAGACUACUGUGCAGGAAUGGCGCCGAGAGCGUGGCAUGGAAAUUGUUGGGUUGGAGGAGAAGGAGGCGCUAUAUGCCAUGCUCAAGCCGAUGCUGGCGUACAAGCCGACGGAGCGCUGUAGCGUGAGCGAUGUUCUGAAGUCCAAGUGGAUGACAGAAUGGGGGAUGCCGGGCUAUGAGAAGCUACUCAUGCGAGAAAAAGGAUUAAAGGAAUAG